GUGUGUGUGUGUGGUCCUCUCCCUUAUAAACAUGUCUACCUGGUUAAUCUGCUCUCUCUGAGCUGCUCUCUGCAGUCCGAUCACAUGUUUCAGAUCCUGACGAUCAAUAAGUCAGUCGAUCAGUGCAGGAGUUGAUCACCAGUUGGUCACUGAAGCCUCAACAGGUGAGGGCACCUGGAUGUUUCUCACAGGGAGCUGAAUUACCCAUCAACCCUCUGAGGGUCACCGCAGCUUGGCGGCUCCACGCUUCAUUGGACUUGACUGUGGCUCCUUGGUCCUGGUCCUGGUCCUGGACCUGGAAUUCUACCUUUUGUCUUCUCAAGACUGUUUCAGAGCGCGUGAGGAGGAGCGAGGAGGAGCCAGGAGGAGGCGGGGGACGAUGAGCGGCAGCAGCUCCGUGCAGCGCUCCGCGCGGCAGAGCGUCAUCUCGUGCAGCGAGCCCAACUGCACCGCGCGCACCGCGGACACCCUGGUUCUGUCUGCGGCGUCCGCCUGGACCGACACCGGCUCGGCCGUGGAUGUGUACCGGCUCCAGGAGCUGCAGCUUCCCGCCUCGGCCGCACCAACGGUGGCGAUGGAGCCCGGGCCCCCACACCCCUUCCCCACGGUGGACGUGCCCGACCACGCCCACUACACCAUCGGCUCUGUCAUCCUCGCCAUUGGGAUUACCGGCAUGGUUGGCAACUUCCUGGUCAUUUACGCCUUCUGCAGGAGUCGCAGCCUGCGGACGCCGGCCAACAUGUUCAUCAUUAACCUGGCGAUCACCGACCUGCUGAUGUGCGUCACACAGACGCCCAUCUUCUUCACCACCAGCAUGCACAAGAGGUGGAUCUUUGGAGAGAAAGGUUGCGAGGUGUACGCGUUCUGUGGCGCUCUCUUUGGGAUCUGCUCCAUGAUCACGCUGACGGUGAUCGCCAUUGACCGUUACUUUGUCAUCACGCGACCGCUAACUUCCAUUGGUGUGUUGUCGCGGAAACGGGCUCUCCUCAUCCUCAUGGCAGCCUGGACCUACUCUCUGGGCUGGAGCCUGCCGCCCUUCUUUGGCUGGAGUGCCUACGUCCCGGAGGGUCUGCUGACUUCCUGUACGUGGGACUACAUGACGUUCACGCCAUCGGUGCGAGCGUACACCAUGCUGCUCUUCAUCUUCGUCUUCUUCCUGCCGCUCUUCAUCAUCAUCUACUGCUACGUCUUCAUCUUCCGCGCCAUCCGGACCACCAACCAAGCUGUGGGGAAGAUCAACGGCAGCAUCCACAGUCAUGGCAGCACUCGUGACUCGGUGAAGAAUUUCCACCGGCUGCAGAACGAGUGGAAGAUGGCGAAGAUUGCUCUGAUUGUCAUCCUCCUCUAUGUCAUCUCCUGGUCACCGUACUCCAGCGUCGCUCUCACUGCCUUUGCCGGGUACGCCGACAUGUUGACACCCUACAUGAACUCUGUGCCCGCCGUCAUCGCCAAAGCCUCGGCCAUCCACAACCCCAUCAUCUAUGCCAUCACACACCCCAAAUACAGAUUAGCGUUAGCCAAGUACAUCCCGUGUCUCGGCAUGUUGCUGUGUGUCCGGCAGCGCGACCUGCGCUCGAGCAGCAGCAGCUUCGUGUCGACGCGUCGCUCCACCGUGACGAGCCAGACUUCCGACAUCAGCAGCCAGUUCAGACGGCACAGCAACGGCAAGUCCCGCCUCUCCUCGGCCUCCGACAGCGAAUCGGGUCUGACAGACACCGAGGCCGAUCUGUCCAGUCUGGGCUCCAGGCCGGCCAGCCGCCAGGUGUCCUGUGACAUCAGCAGAGACACCGCCGAGCUGCCCGACUUCAAACCGUCCUCCAGCUUCAAGUCCAAGAUGAAGAGCCACGACUCUGGAAUCUUCGAGAAGACGUCCUUUGACACAGACGCCUCCAUGGCCGGAGUCAGUGAACGCAGCAACGUCCCCAGCGAUGAUCACGUGAUGAGAGGAGCGCUGGGUCGAAUCCCAAGCAUUGUCAUCACCUCUGAGUCCAGCCCCUUCCUUCCCAUCGGACGAAAAGGUUCUUCUCGCUCCAAGAUGUCGAACAACAACACGAGGGCCGGGUCCGGAUAGAGCCCCACCCCCCGGGCUGUCACCUGCAGUUCACAUCCGAUCACAGACGGGUUCACCUGAUGCUCAGACACAAACAGCCUUCAGAGGAAGUGACAUUUACAUUUACAGCUCCGAUGGACAGAAACUUGUUGAUGUGACGAGGUCGCAGUGAGCGCGGUGUCUGAGUGGAUCUCUGUGUAGAAGUAGUUCAAACCAUACAAAGUGUUGGUACCAAUGAGAACCCGUCCUGAGUGAUCCCUGUGUCAGACCAGACGACUCUGACACUCUCUGUUUGUUUGUAUCCUGCUCCUGGUCUCUUGUCCCUGAUUCAGACAGAGGCAAACACACAUAAUGAUUGUUUUAUUGUUGUAUGUAGUCUUCAGGUGAGACAGGUGACACUCCCAUUUUUGCAGCAUGUUAUACGAUUUUUCUACAACCUGUAGUUUCCCGGUCUUGUCGUCUGUAGCUGUUGAUUCAUUGAUCUGUGUUUUUCCUGCUCAGCCGUCUGCUGAGUCAUGUGACAGAAGGUUCCUGUUCACUCUGAGACACCAGAGUUCAAAACACAACUUUUAAAUUAACUCAACCAUUCUAAACCUUCAAAUACGAGAGCACGAGUGUGAGGAAGAGAUUACAGAGUUUAUCUGAUAGUCAAUAUAGCAGCGUUCAGUCACAGUGGACGUCAGCGGUUGUCCUCUCUGUUGGAUCUGGAGAAGGUUACUUCUAGAUUGAGUUCAUCUACGAUGUGAAAGCAUAAGAUGUUCCAAGAUAUCAGUUUCUCUGAACUAACUCCUUUCAAAAGUGUUGUUGGGUUUGUGAUUUUAUUCCUGUUCCCGUUUCUUUCUUUAUGUUUCUUGAUUGCAUAUUUAAAGUGUAUGUUUUUCUGGAGGGCAGUGUUGUGGAUGUGAUGUGAUGUUUCGGUGUAAGUAUGGGGGCUGAAAAGGGACAUAACUGUUGAUUGUAACACAGCUGGGAUUUUACCCAGAAGUCUGUUUGAAUGUUUCUGACUCCUGACAGGAAAGUUUCAUCAUUUCAAUAAACAAAAAGCAAAAAGAGAAAAGUCGGCUCUGCUCAACUGUCAACAAACCUGACCAGCUAUUUGAACUGCUAGCUGAAUGAUUAGCUGUUGUUGAAGCCAAACUAUUAACAUUAGCUAAACUGCUUUAGCUUAGCUGUUAAAUUUAACAUUAAGCCAAAUAAGCUAAGCUACAUCAUUAGCUAACCUUAUCAGAAACAGCGGAUUUAGCCGCUAAACUGAUCAUUAGCUCAUUAGAACAAAAAUGUUUAACUGCCAAAUCAAAUUGUGGCUAAACUGAGUUGCUAGCUAGUGUCAGUGGCUAAUGAAACAAACCCUGCGCUAUUAGCUGAGUGAUGUUCGUCUGAAAACCUUCAGCAACAUGUUUCAGGACCAAAACGAGGCUGUUAGCUAAAUUCAAACAACAGCUGCUGAAUGAGCCCUAAAAUCCUGAUGAACUUUUAUUCACUUGCAGCUUUUGAAGCGUGACUUUCUGUGUGUAGCGUCCAGAAACAAAGCUUAAAGUGUAUAAAGUCUCCUGAUGUCAUAAGUAAUAAUAAUAAAUACUUUAAUGUUGACGAUGCAGGACUGAAGUCGUGGUAAUUAGUUAUUAAUGUCAGCUGGAUGUUUUAUUAGUUGUGUUUUGAAGUUUCUGUUUCUGUGAUGUUUGAAGAGAGGACGACAGUUUAUUGUUUCUCAUGUUUACUUCAAUGUUACUCUUAUUUAUUUUUAUAAAUAAAUUUGAUCUGUUAUUCACUGUUUU